CUAACCAAAAGAAACGGAUCAAGCCUCUCCUUGCUCUUCCAACCUCUCUCUAUAAAUUAAUCUCCAAAAAAAAAAAAAAAAUCAUCAUUAAUGGCUCCUACUUCUUUCUUCCCUCCCCUCCUCCUUCUGCUUCUCUUCUCUUCUGUCUUCGCCGUUGAGUCUGGAGUUGUAGAGAGAGGUGUUUUAGCUCAGCAGGAGGCCGACCUCGUCGUCGGACUGCCCGGUCAACCCCUGGUCAACUUCCGGCAGUACUCGGGUUACGUUACGGUUAAUGAGAGCCACGGGAGAGCACUGUUCUACUGGUUCUUUGAGGCUACUCGUCAUGUCGAGAAGAAGCCUCUUCUCCUUUGGCUAAAUGGAGGCCCUGGAUGUUCUUCUAUUGGGUACGGAGAGGCAGAGGAGCUAGGACCCUUUCUGACACAGAAAGGUGUGCCUGAACUCAAGUUCAAUAAGAACUCUUGGAACAAAGAGGCCAAUUUAUUAUUCGUGGAGUCACCGGUUGGUGUCGGUUUCUCCUAUACAAAUACAAGCUCCGAUCUGCAGCAGCUUGGAGAUAACAUUACCGCGCAUGAUUCUUACCAAUUCCUUGUCAAUUGGUUUAAGAGGUUCCCCCAAUUCAAAUCCCAUGACUUCUACAUUGCAGGAGAAAGUUAUGCAGGGCAUUAUGUUCCUCAACUCGCUGAGAAAAUAUUCGAUGCGAACAAAGAGACCACAAAGGACGCCUACAUAAAUUUGAAGGGUUUCAUGAUAGGAAAUGCUCUAAUGGACGACGAUACUGAUCAAACUGGGAUGAUCGACUAUGCGUGGGAUCAUGCUGUGAUAUCUGAUAAAGUUUAUCAUGAUAUCAAGAAUACUUGCAAUUUUAGCCAAGAUCCUGUCACAAAACCUUGUGAUAGUGCUUUGAAUGAGUAUUUUGCAGUGUAUGAUCUUAUUGACAUGUACAGCUUGUACUCUCCGGAUUGUGUUGAGCAGAAUAGUUCGUCGACUUCUAGAAGGUCUACGAUGAUUGAGGGUGUUGCACCUAAGCUCUUUUCUAAAUUUAGAGCUUGGCAUCAUAAGCCAGCAGGUUACGAUCCCUGUUUAUCAGACUACACGAAUGCCUAUUUGAAUAGGCGAGAUGUGCAAGAAGCUCUACAUGCAAAUGUAACGGGAAUCAAGUACAACUGGACGCAUUGCAGUAAUGCAAUUGAAAAAUGGCAUGAUGCGCCGGCCUCUAUGCUACCAAUUAUUCAGAAGCUCAUCAAGGGCGGGCUUCGAGUUUGGGUUUAUAGCGGAGACACUGAUGGAAGAAUUCCAGUAACCUCAACAAGACUAACAUUGAACAAGCUAGGCCUCAAGACCAUUCAAGAAUGGAAACCAUGGUAUAAUAACAAACAGGUCGGAGGAUGGACGAUAAUUUUUGAUGGGCUGACAUUUGUGACUAUUCGUGGAGCUGGACACCAAGUGCCGACAUUUACUCCUAAGCAAGCAAGGCAGCUUAUAAGCCAUUUCUUAGCGAAUAAGCAAUUGCCCGCGUCCUCAUUUUAGCUAGUAGUUUUUCCUAGUAAAUUCGGAAAUAACUCGAUUUAUACUUUUGUUUUUCGACUGCCAUUGUUUACAAAUAGAGAGACUAUUGGGAAGUGGUGCAAGCCAUUCUCCAUUUAUAUAUUUGAAAAGUCUGAUUCUUGAUUUAGAGUCUCCAGCAGUUGCAUUGUGUUGUGAGGGGAUGAGACUAAAUAGCUCAAGUGUACACUUCAUUUGAUACGUAUCUAAUUGGAGAGUUAUCAGGUUAAUAAAUGAGAAUUAAAGAAUUA